AUGUGUUGGAGAAGGGAUGAACCUAAAAGUUGCAGGAUGGUAGAUCUCAAGGACUGGCACCCCUAGGAACAUGGUGGUGGUUUAGCAUGACAAUCUGGGACAAAAGAAAAGACACCAACUGCAGAUAUUAGGGAUUCAUCUUCAGCUUCCCUUCAUGUAGCAGAGACGCGAGGAUGCUGUACCAGUGCUGAAUAAGGCAGGCUUUGACUGGAGAUUUGGAUACUUGAUGUGGGCCAGCUAAAUUCUCGAUGUGAAGCUGCCCCAUGAUGCAACAUGCGUCCCCAGCACCUGCAGUGACAAUGAUGGCCACCCAGAGCGUUCCUCCACCAUCGUACCAGGAGAGCCAACAGAUGACGGGCACCAGUCAGCAGAACGCCAAGACCCCACAGGUCCAUAUCCCAGCAGCCUCUGCAGCAGGAAAUACCUCUGUCAGUGUAACUCUUGACCCCCAGGCCCAGCUUGAGUCUGACAAGAGGGCUGUUUACAGUCAUUUUCAAAGACAUCCGUUGUUCCCCCUGCUGGCGCUUUUGUUUGAGAAGUGCGAGCAGGCCACGCAGGGAUCUGAAUGCAUCACGUCUGCCAGCUUUGAUGUAGACAUUGAAAACUUUGUCCACCAGCAAGAGCGAGAACACAAGCCCUUCUUCAGUGAAGAUCCAGAGCUGGAUAACUUGAUGGUAAAGGCCAUUCAGGUGUUGCGGAUCCACUUGCUGGAAUUAGAGAAAGUCAAUGAGCUCUGUAAGGAUUUCUGCAACCGUUACAUCACAUGCCUCAAAACCAAGAUGCACAGCGACAACCUUCUCCGUAAUGACCUUGGAGGACCUUAUUCUCCAUCACACACCAGUCUCAGCUUGCAGCAGGAACUAAUUCAGACCUCCUCUCCAUCCAUGACCUCUGUCUCCAGCUCCGUUAACCCUUCAGGGAUCGUGGUGCCUGCUGGUGGUCUACAGCAGGGCAAUGUCGCCAUGACAACCAUCAACUCACAAGUGGUAUCGGGUGGGACCCUGUACCAGCCGGUUGCCAUGGUGACAUCGCAAGGGCAAGUGUUAACGCAAGCACUACCACCAGGAACCAUCCAGAUUCAGAACUCACAGGUAAAUGUGAACCUGUCGUCUCUGUUGGACGGCGAAGACAAGAAGUCCAAGAAUAAGAGGGGGGUCCUGCCCAAACACGCCACCAACAUCAUGCGCUCCUGGCUCUUCCAGCAUCUCAUGCAUCCAUACCCAACAGAAGAUGAGAAGAGGCAGAUCGCAGCUCAGACAAAUCUCACCCUUUUGCAAGUGAACAACUGGUUCAUCAACGCCCGCCGGCGUAUACUUCAGCCUAUGCUGGAUGCCAGUAAUCCAGACCCAGCUCCAAAAGCAAAGAAAAUGAAGUCCCAGCACCGUCCAACACAGCGCUUCUGGCCAGACUCCAUCGUGGCAGGAGUACUGCAAACACACAGAUCUCAGACGGGAAGCAACUCAGAAAACCCACUGAGCAUGGACAGCCUCCAGUCGCUGUCCUCAGACUCGGCCACCCUGGCCAUGCAGCAGGCCAUGCUGGGAGCUGAUGACUCCAUGGACGGCACAGAGGAGGAUGAGGAUGAGGAGGAGGAGGAGGAAGAAGAAGAGGAAGAAGGGAUGGAGGAGGAGGAGGAAGAAGAGGAGGAAGUAGAGGAGGAGCACGAGCGGGGAAGGCAUCUGUCUAGCAGAGGAGCAGGGAGGAGAGAUCUAAGCAUGGAGCCCAGAGAGGAACUGGAUGAAGACCCGACAGGAAGGAGGAUAGAGCAGGAAUGGAUGCCUCCCCAACACCCGCUGAAAGUAUUUACAAUGUCCAUCGCCCAGGCAGCGGCCAAGGCCAUGCUAUCUGAUGCUCUGCUGCAGGACAGCUCGGGGAUACACAGGAUCAACCACCUGGAACUGGAGCUUCCUUUGGACAAGGUCAUCAAAUAUGUGUCUGUCGGCCUUCCACUGAUGCUGGUGUGCAUGGCCUUCGCCCGUGAGAUCUCAAUGGGGCCUCAGAUCAGUUGCUUCACUCCCAGCAAUUUCACUGCCAAGCAGGCCGACUACGUAGACACAUACUGCUGGGACUCUCUCAUGCAUCAUGAGUUUGACAGUGAUGGGAACUUUGAGGAGCGCUCUCUCUGGGUUCACAAAAUGUUUCCCUACUCUCUCCUGGCCAUGGCCAUCCUGAUGUACCUGCCGGCUUUAAUCUGGCGCCAGCUUGUCAUGCCCACUCUGGGCUCAGACCUGCUGUUUAUUAUCGAUGAACUGGACAAGUCCUACAACCGCUCAGUCCGACUGGCCCAAAGCAUUUUGGAUAUGCGUCAGAAUACUAAGAACCCACUUACAUUUCAGGCUGAGCUUCAGAGGGCCAAGAGGAAGCGAUACUUUGAGUACCCCCUCCUGGAGAGAUACAUGCAGUGCAAACAAAACUCUUACUUCCUUGUUAGCAUGCUUUUCCUGCGUGGCUUCCUCCUCCUGACCUUCAUGACUUCCGCCUGCCUCUAUCUGGCCUACUUCCACCUCUCGGCCUUCCUGCAGGACGAGUUCAGCUGCUUUGUCCGCACAGGGAUGCUGCGUGAUCACAGCUGGGUUCCAGAGCUAGUCCAGUGCAAGAUGAUUGGACAGCUGGUCUUUCAGGUGAUAAGUGUGGCCAACGGUGCCAUCUAUGUGCUGUUGGCACCCAUCGUCCUCUUUAGCAUAAUUCGACUCUUUGUUUGGGACACCAGCUUCAUCUCCAUCUAUGAGCUCCUCCCAGCUCUGGAUCUCAUUAACCGUCGAAGGCUCGGCUGCCCACUAAACGACCUCAAUGUCCUCUUGCUUUUUCUGCGUGCCAACGUAGCUCACUUGAAGUCCUAUGGGCAGGUGAGGGCUUUGUGCUCUCUUGCACCACCACAAAUUGGCAGCACCACUGCAGGACAGGGCUUGAAUGCAAUGCUGACUCAAGAGGAAAUGGAGGAGCGUGAAGAGGCUGCAAGGGAGCUCGCAGAGGAAGUGGAGGAGGCCAAGGAGGAGGGGAAGCUCAACUUGGUGGAUAUCAUGACUAUUCUGGGAGCAGCACAGGCAAGAGUGGUGAACUGCAGUGAGAAGAAGCCUCUGAUGGAGGAAAACAUGAGCCUGGAGCCAAACCACCAGGGGUACCAUGAGUUGAAGGAGACUGCACCAUUUAGUCAUUACUAGGCCUUCAAUGGACUGAAUCAAUGUGAUGGCAUUGAGGGACGCAGGGGGUUGGACACCAAUUGGGUCUCUGGGGUCUUAAGACCAAAAAACAAGCCUCUUUUAGAAUUAUAGGGCAAAUUGUUCUGGCUGGAAAUGUCAGUGGGUAUAGAUUUACCAGUUGUCAGCUGCUGGGCUUCUGUAGAUGUCACUGAGUGUUCUUCUGUCUCUUCAGUUUAGUCCAAUAUGUUUUCAAUAAAGAAAAAAACAUGUGUCAGGGGAAAGCAAAUGGAAGUAGCUGUUGUAAUUAUGGGGCCAGAACACCAUUUGGGAGAAAUACAUUCAUACAGCGUGUACAUGUAACGAGACGGACAUUAUGUCCAGUACCCUCUGUGGGCCCUACUGUCAGGAAUUUUCUGUGACUUUAAUUGCAUGAGCUUAAUAAGAAGUUAGUGAAUAUUAUAAUUGAUGUGCUUGCUUUUCUUUUGUUGUCAUUUCUUUUAUAAUUUCUCAAUCUCAAUCUCAACAAAUCUAUGAGCAUCAGUUUUCGACUGACUGGGACAACACAGUGAAACUGUGUAUGUUAUUACUGAAGUGGUGUAUUUUCCAGUCUUUCCAGUCAUACUUGGUUUUUGUGCUAAGGCAUCUUUUGCUCUUAGAGAUGUCAGUGGAUUCUUGACAAACUGGUGGUGUUUGGCAUCCUGACAUGUAAUUUGGAUUGCAUUUUUUUUUCUUUUUUUCUGAGUCUGUUUUUAGUAAAUCAUGAAAAAUCUGUAUUCUGUGUAUUUCUAAAUACAUUUAUUUGAUUUA